AUGUUCUGCCCACACUUGCUUAAAAAAAAAGGCUCAACCCUCCAUUGUCUCUACAAAGCACCUUGGCCUGAGCAAGAUUUUUCAACAUUAAUUGUUGAUACUGCCAACAACCCAUCAUAUGAACCAGCAAGAAAUGAUAGUCGUUUGAACAUUCACAAUCCAAUCAUGCUUGCAAUAUGGCGUGCAAAUAUUGAUUGCCAGCCCGUUUGUUCCAAAAUGGCUGUCAUACAAUAUAUCUCUAGAUAUGAUGCAAAAACAGAACAAAAGUUAGUAGGCUAUGUUGACAUCCUAAAGAAAAUAGUUGCUACAACUAAUACGCAAGAUACCAUCUUGCUGACAUACCAAAAAUUCAUGAUGGGGAUAGUUGUUGAUCGUGACAUCAACGCACAAGAAACUUGCCAUAUGUUGCAAAAACUCCCAUUGAUAAGUUGUAGCCGACAUUUUGUCUCCCUUAAUGUCAGCAGAAAGGCCCUCCAUCGAAUUGCUGAACAAAAUGACAAUGCCAAACUUUCCAAAUCUUAUAUUUCUGCUUAUAUGGAAAGACCUAUUGAAUUGGAAAGCAUCUUGCUGAUACAAUCAGCACAACAAUUUUCAUACAACACCCAACGGAAAAAGCAUCAAUGGCAAAAACUCCAAAAACAAGCAAUUGUCAAUGUCUACCCGCAUUUUAAAACCUCUCCACCUAAGGUUGAUGACAACUUUGAAGCCUACUGUUGGAGUGAGCUUCUCUUGUACAAACCAUUUCGCAAUAUUCCAAUAGAUAUAGGUACAUCACCUGCUCAAAUCAUUGCAAAUUGGAAGCUAUUGUACAUACAUGGUUACACACGCUGGCAUAUUUAUGGAAUAGAACAUGAAUGCAGAACUGAAAAUGACAUCGAAUCUGAUGGUGAUACUUUCUUAUAUUCACACAAUGAAGACCAAUAUGAAUGGGAAUACCUUUCCCAAAUGGGUGCUUCAAACAAAAUCAAUGUAAAUGAUCUCCAAAUGCUGGGUAGACGCGAUUACGAUAUUAACUUUGAUUGGCAUGCCCCUUAUCCCACCGAUCCACUUCAUCAUACUAUUGUUACCUUCAUUUCCACUAAUAAAAUAAAUUGCCAGCCUAGCAUUCUCCAGCCAACUUCUCCUCCCACUACUUCGUUCCCCUUAGCAUCAAAACAAAAAAUUGCACUUGAACUCAUUCUUGCCCAUUAUGCAUCUCCUGGAACCCUGCCUCCACUCCAUAUGCUUAUACAAGGCACUGCAGGCACUGGUAAAUCAUAUUUGAUACAAUGCAUUAGAAAUAGACUUAACCUUUCCACAAAUAUACAGCUCAAUCCUUUGCUUGUGCUUGCCCCAAUCGACGUUUCUGCAUAUAAUAUCCAAGCAACAACUAUUCAUGCUGCCAUGCGUAUCCCCCUUAGAGAUAUGCAACCUUUAACAGGACAAUCUUUGAUGCUCUUCCAAGAACAAUACAAACACUUACAAUAUAUACUAAUUGAUGAGAUGAGCUUUUUGGGUCCUAAAUUGCUUUUGAAAAUUGACAACAGAUUACGUCAGGCAUUCCCUUGCCAGCAACAUGAACCAUUUGGAGGCCUCUCAAUCAUCCUUGUAGGUGACCUCGGCCAACUACCUCCAGUGAUGGACAAGCCUUUGUAUGCCUCGCAUUCUACAACCCUUGCAUUAUGGUGCUCCUUUCAAACUGUUGUUACCUUAGAUACAAGUUUCCAACAACAAGGUGCCUCAAACAUCCAACAGCAAUUUCGUGCAAUCUUGCAAAACAUUAGAAAUGCCAAUCCACUCCAAACAGAUUGGGAAGCUCUUAUGUCCCGAUCCUCUUCCAAACUGCCUAUAGAUCAUAACAAGCACUUUGACAAUUCAAUUCAUUUGUUUGCAACAAAUGCAUCUGUCAAACACCACAAUACUAAAAUGUUAAAACAAUUACACUUACUUGUUGCAAGAUGUCUCGCCCAAAAUUCAAGGCAAACAAACCCUGAAUAUAAUAAUGAUGAGCAACUUCCUUCAGAAUUUCUCCUCUCCCUUAAUGAACAAGUUAUGUUGAUUGCUAAUCUAUGGAUACAAGCUGGUUUGGUCAAUGGAUCAUUAGGACAAAUCAGAUCCAUUAUCUAUGAUACAAAUUCUAGACCUCCUGACUUGCCAAAGUAUGUGGUCGUUGAAUUCAAAAAUUAUUCUGGCCCUCAUUGGGACAAUGCAAAUCCAAAAUUUGUCCCUAUACCACCUAUCACUUGA